UCAGCAAAAAAGAAACUUAUGGAAGAAUGAAGGAGAUGGUGGGCGGUUGCUGCGUCUGUUCUGAUGAACGCGGCUGGGCAGAAAACCCCCUGGUCUACUGUGAUGGGCAUGGCUGUAACGUGGCGGUGCAUCAAGCGUGCUAUGGAAUUGUUCAGGUUCCCACUGGACCAUGGUUCUGUCGAAAAUGUGAAUCGCAAGAAAGAGCCGCCAGGGUGAGAUGUGAGCUAUGUCCUCAUAAAGAUGGAGCAUUGAAGCGGACUGAUAGUGGAGGCUGGGCCCAUGUUGUCUGUGCUCUCUAUAUCCCUGAGGUGCAGUUUGCGAAUGUUCUCACUAUGGAGCCUAUUGUCCUCCAGUAUGUGCCCCAUGACCGCUUCAACAAGACUUGUUACAUCUGUGAAGAACAGGGCAGGGAGAGCAAAGCAGCUUCUGGAGCCUGCAUGACUUGCAAUCGUCACGGUUGUCGACAAGCCUUCCAUGUUACCUGUGCUCAAAUGGCUGGACUUUUGUGUGAAGAAGAAGUCUUGGAAGUUGAUAAUGUGAAAUACUGUGGCUAUUGCAAGUACCAUUUCAAUAAAAUGAAGACAUCCCGCCAUUUUGGAGGUGGUUCCUUUAUUGGAGGAAGGAGGAGUCGGUCAGCAUCCCCUACACAAGAGAAGCAUGUGUCUCAUCAUGAGAAACCAAAGAAGAGUCGAAAAGACAAAGAAAGGCCUAAACAGAAGCACAAGAAGCAUUCAGAAACUGAACCCACAAAUCUCACACUGUCUUCCACACCCAUAGUCACUGAGAAGCAGAGUUCCACCAACCACCACGAGAGCAGUAAAGAAUCCUCAGAGAUCAUCAGGUCGGAGGUGAAAGGCAAAAGAUCUUCAAGCCAUGGCACAAGCCACAAAACUAAGAAGUCUGGAAGUGGGAAAAGCUCAAUAAGUUUUGGCUCAUCCUCAUCCAGUGUAACAUUUCCACCAGCAGGUACCUCAUGCAGCUCCUUGCCCUUCUCCCAGGAUUUUGUAACCUUUCCAAAGCUUGAGCAGCAGCCGCCUGAGGAAGAGAAAUACCACAAACCCAUCUCUUCGUCCUCGUCUUCCGCCCACUGCUCUCCAUUGUCUGAAGGGCAGAAAAGUGAUGUCUUUGAGCAGAAGGUGAUCUUUUCAGGUUUUGGCUCCAUCAUGCGUUUCUCGACCUCAGCCAUGAGUCAGCAGAGGGGACGGGAUGCUUCCCCUGUGGACUACAAGACCUCCAACUCUGUUGGUGGCACCCCAAGUGGGAGUGGUGGAGUCAGCAGUGGCAGCAGCCACAAGCGCAUGCCAUCUCUUAGCGGGGAAGAAGUAGAAGUCGUGAAAGAAAAAAAGCACAAGACCAAUAAGAAAAGCAAGCAUGGACCAGGGAGGCCCAAAGGUAGCAAGAAUAAAGAAGUGCCAGGUACCCAACUGGUUGGGACUUCAGCUGCCUCUUCUUUGCCUUUCUCUGGGGGUUCUCUGGUCAGCUCCACCAUCAGUGGGUCGUCACGUUCAUUCAGCCAUGGAUCCACCCUUCCAAGCCUCAGCCUAGAAUCACCACUUAUGGGAUCAGGGAUCUAUACCAGUAACAAGGAUCCCAUUUCUCACGGGGGUGGGUUGCUGAGAACUGUGUGCAGCACUCCCCUCUCCUCUAAUCUUCUGGCUCACCAAGGCACCUCCUCACUCCCCCAGUUCACUCGCUCACCUUUUGCUGGCACCAUCCCAUCGUCUUCCUCUUCCUCCGUUUCUACUACCCAGGUCUUCUCACUGGCAGGACCCACAUUUAGCCUCCCUUCCUCACACAUUUUUGGAAGUCCCCUCACCUCUGGACUGUCAUUAAAUCCUCUGCUCAACCAAUCUGAAAACAACAGAACAGAACCAGAUUUGGAAGACUGCAAUUUUGCCUGCCGAGGGUCAUCACCCCAAGAAAGUCUUUCUUCCAUGUCUCCCAUCAGCAGCCUUCCUACUCUCUUUGACCAGACAGUAUCAACUAGCAGUGGACAACUGGAAAAUGUCCCCCAGGCCACACCAAACAUUGAGCAGCUCCUGGAGAAACAGGGCAAUGGAGAAGCUGGUGUCAAUAUUGUAGAGAUGCUCAAGGCACUUCAUUCACUACAGAAAGAAAAUCAGCGCCUUCAGGAACAGAUCAUGACUUUGGCAGCUAAAAAGGAGCGCCUGCAGCUUCUAAAUGUUCAGCUCUCUGUUCCCUUCCAAAUGGUGACCACCAGCAAUGGCCCCUCAAGCCAGACCCAAUACAUCUUAGCUCCCAACACCUACAACAGUGACUCAUUUAGUAUUAGCAAGAGCUCCCCAUGCAAGAAUAGUUUUGGUAUCGAGAAUGCACUGUCUACUUCCUCUGAGGAUCUUCAUUCAGGAUGCCCAAGCAGGAGCAGCUCUUCUCUGUCCUUCCACAGCACACCACCACCUCUGCCCUUGCUGCAGCAAAGCCCUGCCUCACUUCCUCUAACUACUGGGGUCCAACAGCAGCCACCGCCACCACCAGUGAAUGGCCUGAGCAGAGCCAUGGGAACUGUUCAUGGGGGAAGUGCCACAGCUACUCACAGCCUUGUGGAUGGCCUCCUUGGCAGUCUGGCAGGAGGGCAACAGAUCCCCAUCAAUGGCAUCCUAGGAAGUUUAAAUAGCACUUUGGCCAACCAGACCCAGAAUCCAGUCCUGGCACAAACCAGUGGUCACCCUGGUCUGCAGCUCUCCAUGAGCCAAAGCAGUCUACCUAAUGUGACUCACUUGUCAGAACAGCAGCGGCAGCUGCUCAGCCAGCCUGAGCUUCAACUGCAGCAACUGCAGCAGCUCUUAACAUCGCAGCCACUCAACCCGGAGCAGCAGACAUUGAUAUUCCAGAUGAUUCAACAAAUUCAGCACAAAAGAGAAUUGCAGCGGCUCCAGAUGACCAGUUCCUCCAUGACUGGCCUUGGCCCCGUGACCACCACAUCCCUUCUCCACUCCAGCAAUAAUGCACCAUCAGCUGCCAACAGUGCUCUCCUGGCCUCUAUCUCCCCUCAACAGCUUAAUCCUGCCAGUUCACUGAUGGCUUCCCCACCGCUCAGCACACCUGGGAACAGCCUGAUGUCAGCAGCAGGAGCUGUUAUUCCACCUGUCCUCACAGCCCAAACAAACCCUUUCCUCAACCUGCAGGGAGACAGCAGCAGCCAGAAAGGAAUGGUGAGCAUCUUAUAAGAAGGCCAGAAGCAAGAGCAUAAAUGAAAAGGGAGGUGCCUCAGUGCAAGACAAAGGCUAACUUUUGGUGAUACUGGGCUGCUUUCUCUGCCAUAAGAAAACAGUCUCCUUGAACCUUGGAUCCCAAAACGUAGAGCAACCAUAUGAAAGGCUUCCGAGAAAGUCUUCCUUGCCACAGUCACAGUGACACCAAGCGGAGGCAUGCCAGACGUCUACGUUCCUUGGUUCUGAGCCUGUCAUUUAGUGCCCUUCUAAAAGAGACUGGUGGUGUGAACACCUCCUUUCCCUUGUUGGCUUGGUCUAUUCUGCUGCACUUAAGUCAUAAAACGUUGCACUUCAGAUGGAAAAGAUGAAGCAGUGUUUGCCUUCCAAGAAUAUCCCCUCAAAGAUGGGACAUAUGAGCUGGACACAACCACAAUCACCUGAUGAUAAAUGUUAUUUUUGCAGAGCAUGUUAUUUUUAAGGAUUAAGAAAUCCAUCAAUGUUUCCCUGUCAGAAGAUCCAGCUACAGCAAACUAGGAUCAGAUGUUUUUGAGGUUUCCAAUAAGUAAGAAGGAAAGGGUUGGAAAAAUGGUAUUUGGAGGUCCAUGUACAUGAAUCCUACACAAAGGGUUUCACUUCCAUAGGCAUUUCAGAUGUCUACAUCUUAACUGACUCCUGCUGAGGUAUUGUGUAUCUGGGAACAAAAAGCUAGUCCUGUGUAACUGAGAACAGUUACCUUGGUUUCCCCAAAUCUCUGCCAGCCACAUGUCUUAAAAAAAAAAAAAAACCCUACCUGAAGGAAAUGGCCUCAUUUGUUCGUCUUUAACCAAGGGACUCAUCUUUCUGUCCUUCAGAAGUCUUUGCAGACAGUGUAUGCUUACAAAUAAUCCAGAGUCGAUGCUGAGCUAUUUCCAGCCACUCACAAAGAGUUUCUUGUUCUAUCACAUCAACCACUCAAAAGCUCAACACCAAAGAGGCAUAACAAAGGUUUUGUCUAAUGGCAGGAGCUAUUCCAACCAUCUCCAAAAUCAGCUGGUAAGAACAUCUUUCCUGUGAAACAGAUCUCACUCAUACCCCAUCUAAGGAGAAUACAGGUCUUCCCAUCACUGGAAGAUCUAUUUCCAUCUCCAUUUUGUAACCAGAUGGUUUAGCAACAAUAUAAAUUUCCUUCUCCUUCCAAGGAAGGGGAAAAAAAAUGAAAUGGAGAUCAAUAUCAGUUAUUCUGAGUAAACCAGCGCAAUUUUGUCUUUGUUGGAUAAAUCCAGAUCUCUUAAAAAGAAAGAUUCUGGGUAAUAGAAGCACCUAGGGCCUUUCAAAGUUUUCCUGCUUCCAUGAAUAUACAGACAUUUUACGUUUAUUUUUGCCACCUGCUACAAUUUGCACUAUUUUCAACCACUGGUGGUGAACAAUUAUUUACAAUCCCAUAAUGCCCACUGUUGUAUAAAAUAAGGUCUGGGGUUUUUUUUCCCAUGUUGCUUGAGCAAAGCAAUAGUAUCUACCAGAUAGAUGAGUUGGACUCUUAAAAAAUAUGACAUCAAAGCAACUUUUCAUGAAUUUUUCUUUGAUUUGUUUUGUUUUAUUCAGACAGAUAUGUUUAGUUCCAAGCUUUGCAAGCUUGUGUGUGCAUACUUACGCACAGUUUAAAGGUUUGUUUGCUUAUUUUUAUGAAGUUGUUUAAUAGCUUCUAGAAACUGUCAAAAACAAUAAAUUUUCCAAAUGACAACUGGGAAGUUUUCUUUCCCGUCAUGGCAGCUUUGGCACAGGUUAAGGAGCAGAUUGAACACUUGACUUGCAUUUCAGCUGAGCGUAAACAUAGUUUUUUUUAAUCAGAAAACUAAGCUGUCUCAAUACACUUACUCUUUAGAUAGUCAACUCAUCUUUAAAAUGUAUCCAGACCAUUGCAUUCCGGUUUUAUUUUGUCCUUCAUUAGCAUGUUUAUAAUUUUUUUUGGUCCUUAAUCGGCUGCUGUAAUACAGAAUGGCUAUGAGUUGUGAUGGAAGUAAUUUGAAGUGGAGGCUAAAUCCAAUUUUUGUUCCCCUUUUCAGGCAACUAAUGGGCAUUAUCUCCAGAAUUCUUAUUGCAACCUGCAACUGCAUUGCAGAAAAUUGUUGUCCUAUAGAACCAGCAAAAUUCAUAAUCCUAUGACUUUUGUCUACUUAUCUUGGUGCGGGGGGGAAAGAUUUUUACAACUACAGCUUCUCUACUAGAAUUACAAACAUGAUUAAAAAAAAAUACUGCCAUCAAUAAACGCUUGAUAUACAUCUGCACCAUAAGGAGUAGUAGAGCAAAUUUAUUAUUAAAAUAUUUUGGAAAAGAGUUAUUUAAAUAUACAAAAGAGGUAAAGCUGAGAAGAAUCUAAAACAUUGUGUGAGGAAAUGCUUUUCUUUGCAAUGAGGGCAAAACUAGACAUCACCAAAAAAAAGGAAGGUUCGACCACAUAUUUUCAUCGUAAUAAUAAAAAUAGUGGAUUGGGAAAAGGGAUUUGGAGAAGAGAAUUAAAAUGGGAAAGAACUGUUCAUCUGACACUGCACAUUUGCUCAUUCAAGGCUUGCAUUCUAAAAUCUGAUAUUACUGGUUUCUUUCUAGCCCAUAAAGCUUUUGCAGGGAUAUUUUUUCCUCCUUUAAACUCUUUUCUGUUUGUAUUGUGCUUUGAACCACAAGGUGGAUAAUCUGUAUUCCUCCAAAUAUUGGUGAACUUUAAUUCUCAGGAAUCCUAUUCAAUAUAAUCGAUUAUGGACAAUGCUGGGAUCUGUGGUUCAGGAUCACCUGAAGAACCUUAUGUUGGGGAAUGACACAAUUCUACAAAACUCUCAUUGCACAAGAUCACAUUGCAUUGGCCAUGUUUUGUGAGUUUAAGUGCUCGGAAAGUGGGAGAUAUCAAGCCCCAGUUGAGCUACCAUACAAAAGUUGAAAAAAGUUUUAACAUCAGAAAUGUAGUUCAUCUUUACAUUUAUAUACCAUGUUUCCUAUGGAAACACAAGGUGAAAUACAUGAAAAUCACCCUUUCCUUCACAUAACAAAAAUAUGAGAUAGAUUGUAAUGAGCAGUAGUGAUCAUGGUCUGCUAUUGCCAUUGGUCUGAAAUCUUCCACUGAAGUUUCUGGUUGAAGGAAAACUUGAACUUGAGUCUUCCUAGUCCUGUCCAACACCUGAACUAUUAACCUACAAUGGCUGUAUGAACUGAAUUGAAAAUCAAUAAGGAAUAGAUAAUUCAGCCUUUGGGCAGCAGGUGAUACUAAGGCUGAAUUCAAUUCAUGAUCCUAUGUAUCAAACGACCCUGGUAGGCAAUUCGUCUGGCUAGAGAGACGUAUUCAUGUAGUUUAGUUUGUCCCACCUGAUCUCUAUAGACCAAAGUAGAGGGCACAGAGAAGGGCAAGAGGAAGAAUCACAGCAAGGCAAUAAUCAGACUGACAUAUAUGAAUCUUUUCCAACAAGUUAGUUUUGAGUUAAUAUCUCAGUCCUUCCCUAGCAUGAAGGUAAAGUAAGGGAGGGGAGAAGCAUAUACAGACGUGAAGGUUUCUGUAAUUAUAGCUGUCACAAUAAAAGUAGUUCUGUCCUAUAUGGCAUUGGUUUUACCUUGGUUGACAUCCAUGCAGUAUCUAUAUUGAGUCCCCCGUGAAUUGUAAAUGGCAGAAUCCACAGGACUCAAUAAUACUUUUGCUUCUUGCACUCAAGGUUACACAUUCAGAAACAUAAUUAGGGUAUAUUUAAGACAUGUCUAUACCCAAAAGAUCAAUUAGAUGCUUUCUGAAAGCAUCCUAGGAAUAUUCCAUUUUUUGGGGAGUUCCAAAUCUAAGAUGCAAAACUCCAGAUCAUUACUGGAUGGCAGAAAAGUAUACAUCUUUACUAUCAUAUAGUGUUAUCUGGAUGUUUGAAGUCUGAAUCUGACAUCCCUACUACUUCAUGACCAGACAGGUUCCUAGCAUAUUAUAUGGAAGAGAAAAUAAGCAGCUGGUGCUUAACUGUAAUUUGAAAGGCUGAAAAGACCUCUCUUGGAUAAUGUGUUUUUACAAAGCUCCAUUUCUCUUCUCACGGAUAUCAAAUAGAGAACUCGGUACAGCAAUUUUCUUCAGCAAUAGAAACCUUGUGGAGCUGCAUUAGACAUUUUGGCUGUAUAGACAUUAUAUUUGAGAAAAAAGUUAUACUGUGCAUCAAGGAAAAAGCCAUCUGGAGGCUAGGCUGGCUUGUGGAACAGUCUGGAAUACCACUUCCUUGCCUCUCCAGGAAUACUGUAUGUAACACAUAAAAAUGCAAGUGCAAUUCUGAAAAAGUCCCAAGCAAGCACUAGUUCAGAUAAAAUUGAAAGUUUUUGAAACAGGAUUGUUGGAUGUGGAACAGUGCUUGCCUGUAACAAUCAUAUAGAACACAGUCACUUAGUUUUCAAUUACAGAAAUCAGUGCACUAAGCAAAUUAGACAUAGAAAUACGGUCAGAAGAUGAUAACAGCAACUCAUUUCUGUACUGUUGUCAAGGUACCAGGAAUUGUGCUCAAAGGAGUCUAUUUUUAUUGGAUAAAGUUUGCUCAUUAAGAGAACAAAACAUAAUAAGUUAUUUUUUACAGUCCAUUGUCUUCUUAACUAUAUGAAUUGGAGGUAGCUUCCAGUUUCCAUUCCUUUCAGGUCCCUAGGGUUUUUUGUAUCAUACUUGUCACUUCAAAUGUUAAUUUGAAAUUGGUGUUUGAUCCUAGAAUCUAGUUUUGCUAAUCACUUCUCUUACAAAAAACUAGCCUGGGAAGGUAUGAAGGUUAAAGAGCCAACAUGUUAUACAAUAUUGGCUAAAUUUGUGAAGAAAGCCCACUGAGUUACUUGGAGCUAGUCAUUAUCUCUCAAUUUAAUCUAUUCCUGAGAAGUAUUGCAAAAAAAAAAAAAAAAAAAGGAGGAAAGAAUUCCACAUUGGCAUUCCCUGCUCCUGUAGCAGGCUAUAAAUUUAACAAGAAAGGAAGAAAAUAAAGCACAUUCAUUGUGCUUUGGCAUCUCAAAAGCAUUCUCCCUAUUUUAAAGUAUCAAAACCAUCCUGAUCUAUUGUUCCUAUCUUACCAACAAUCUUUUCUGCUUCUUUCUGGAAUGUUAAUUCCAGCCAAGAGGUCUAUCAAGCCAUUGCUGAAAAUAGGACUCCAAAUUUUAUUGAAGACCCUGAGAAAUUAUGCUUAAUCUCUCUCUCCCUCCGUCUCUCACCCCCCCCCCUCUCUCCCGUCCCCACUCUCCUUGUGUUUGAAGCCUUCUAUCCCCUGGUGUUCAAUAGAAUUUCUGGCAGCAAACUCAACAAGUUCCUAGUGUAUAGGGCUAUAUUUCCACUCUACAAAUAGAUGACCACUAGAGGGCAACAAAGUUACAGAAAAUGCUAACUUUUUGCUAGUGGUUAUUUGGCUAUAUAGGUUGAUUAAUAUGUUGAGGUAAGAAGUACUUUUUUUGUUGAUUUUUAAUCUUGUGACUAAUAAUCAGUGACCAUGCAAGCUUGGAAAUUCUAAUUUAUGUGCGCUUCUCAGAGUCUUGUUAUUGGAGUUAUUUUUUUAAAAAAGUGUGCAAAAUAAACAUACAAAACAAACCGUGAUCUGAAUGAACUGCAUGCAGCCAGUUUGCAAUUCCCAGCUGGAAGGCAGACCAGGCAUGAUUAGGUUAGCAUGAAUUGGAAAUUCAGAUUUAAACCAGUCUCUGCUGUUGAAUUCUUUGCAUUAUAUCAUAUUCUGAGUUCAUAUGUAAAAUUAAGAUACCCAUGCUUGGUUUGGUUUCCUGUUUCUGUGAACAGGAAGAAUAAACUUAGUUUAGUAUAUGAGUGAAUGCAGCUAGUCUAUUGAAUUCUAAUGUCAUGAUAAAAAUUAUCUUAUUCAACCACUUGAUUUACAAACUUCUAUUUAUCCCAACCAGUAAAAGAUGGUGCAUAUUAAACUAGAGAUCUUCUCUAAAACAGAAAACAGAACUUAAACUGUCCAAUUGAAGUGGUAUAAUUCACUCUUUUUCUAUUUCUAUUGUUUCUUAUCUUUUGUCUUGUUACAAAAAUAACACAUGUAAUACAUAUAUAUUUUUCCUAAAUGAGCAGGUAGUAAUUGGAAAAUAAUAUGGAUGGCAAUCCUAUGUAAAUUUCACCUGUAAUAAAUUCUACUGAACUUAAUGGGACUUAAUUUCAAUUUGCGUAGAACUAUAACCAUAGGUUAAAAAAUAAAUGUGGAGGUUAAGCCUCAUUUUCCAUCCCCAGUGAUAGAGGUUCAGUCUAAUCUGUUUUAAUGAGCAGCAGAGAGGUGCUGUGCUUCUCCAAGAUCAAAAGCACUUCUAAAUUAUUCUCAGUAUGCAACCUACUGGAUGAUUAUUUCUCAAAGAAUAGUUGUUAUAAUGCAAGGGCAUGGGGUUUAACCCCUUGACUCUUGAGGUAUCUUCUAUUUAUUUAUUUUUUUAAAGCUUCAAACUGCUUUAGCCCUUCCUCACAAGAGGUCCUCUGCAUAUUAUGGUCCAUUUGACUGCUCUCUCUGCACAUUUUCUAGAGGAACCACCUGUCUUUCAAACUUGGUUGCCUGGAUUAGUAUCCCAGAAAUGGAGCUGGGGUUCACCUACCAUGCUAAGCCAAACUAUGACCUACUUGUUUGUUGCUUAGUGCCUUGUGUGAACCCCAGCCAUGUAGUUUAUCAGUCAUGUUUUAUGAUUUUAGUGUAUUUUGUGAAUUCAAGUCAGUCAAAAUAUAUGACUUCAACCCAGCCUGAAAGUUGAAAAUGACUUAAAUUUUUAGUGUCAGAAAGCUAUCAUGGGAUUUAAGAUUCAUGGUAAACGUUUAAAGUGACUAAUAAUGUGCUUUGAAAGAGCACUGGAGAAGAGUACCAGAAUCUCUUUUUGGCAGGAAGAGAACAGAAAUAAUUUUUAAAAGGUGACUAAGUUCCACAUUUGGUUGCACUGGGGUAUGUUUCUUUACCCAUCUUUUGAUGCUGAUGUUUCAAUUUUAGUACUUUGCCUGUGUCUAACACUUCCCUUCUCCUCUGUUGUUGUAAUUUUUAAUUAAAUAAAGGAAAAGAUGUGUAUAUUUUUGGCAAUCAAGUUAAUGUAGCUAAGAUAUAUUUUUUCCAUGCUGCUUGACUGUUCUUAUUGUAAUAAAUAUUAAUAUCAAAAUCAGAAAAAUAAUAAAACCAUCCUGGGUUUUCUUUUAAUUAUAAACAUGAGUGAUGACUGUUGAAUGGUCUUUUUUCUUCUGUUAUAGCAAAUAUAGAAAAAAAGACAAUUGAGUCUGAAAUACUAAGGCGAUUAUCUUCUUCCAAUUUUCUUUUACAAUAUAGCUUGGAGUGAAUUUUACUGUAAGUCCUCCCAUUGUUGUAAUGCAAUUGUUUCUUUAAAAUUCUGCAUCCCUUUUAUCAUACUGUCUUUUAUUUGUUCUGUCUGUGUAUCAUUUUUAAUAGGAAUUUAUAUGUACCUCC